AUUUCAUUUUGACAGCAAAGCAGCGUCUUGUCUUUUCACUCCUUUCCUAAUUUGCUUUAAAUUUCAUUUCUGUGAUUAUUCUACAAUAGUUAAAAAAAAAACUUAUAUUCAAUUAUUUUAAAUAAAUUUGAAAACACAUACAAAAGAUGAAUCGGAGACGUGCUCACGAGGAGGACGAUGGAUACUACAAUCGUAGCCGUAAACGUCGUCGUGUCUCUGAAAAUCAAGAAAUCGAAGAUCGUCUGGAAUCUCUGAUUCUUCGUGUAGGCGAACGUAGUACAUCAUCAGUGGAAUCUAAUCUCGAGGGAUUGGUGUCGGUGUUAGAAGCUGACCUGGGUACAUUUCGUUUGAAAAUUCUUCGCAUCCUAUCAGAAUGUGCUGUGAAAAUGCCCGAGAAGUGUACCAUUUACACAACGCUGGUGGGAUUACUUAAUGCGAAGAACUACAAAUUCGGAGGAGAAUUUGUUGACCAUAUGGUUAAGACGUUUAAGGAUAGUUUGAAGACGUGUCGCUGGGAUGCAGCCAGAUACUCUCUUAGAUUUUUGGCUGACUUGGUAAAUUGCCACGUCAUUUCAGCAUCGAGUUUAUUGCAAUUGCUUGACGUAAUGAUUGAUGUCUCGAAUGAGGACAACGUCCCGCAAGUUCGACGGGAUUGGUAUGUUUUUGCUGUGCUGUCCACACUCCCCUGGGUGGGCAGAGAUCUCUACGAAAAGAAAGAAUCAUCUUUAGAGAGUCUCUUGCUAAGAAUCGAGGUGUUCUUGAAUAAACGUACAAAGAAGCACCACAAUGCGCUGAGAGUUUGGUCCGUUGACGCACCUCAUCCACAAGAGGAAUACCUGGAUUGCCUGUGGGCACAGAUUAGAAAGCUUCGUCAAGACAAUUGGGCUGAGAAACACAUCCCACGGCCAUAUUUGGCAUUCGAUUCUGUGCUCUGUGAGGCUCUACAGCAUAAUUUGCCGUCGAUUGUUCCACCGCAGCAUCAUGAGACAUUUAUUUAUCCCAUGCCAUGGGUGGUUUAUCGUAUGUUUGAUUACACAGAUUGUCCGGAUGGUCCAAAUUUACCAGGUGCCCAUUCCAUUGAGAGGUUUCUCAUUGAAGAACACUUGCACCACAUCAUCGAAACUCACAGGCUCGAGCGGAAAGAUUGUGCAGCCCAACUACUCGCUUUCCCUUAUAAGAACAAAAUUCCCCUCGAAUACUGCAUCGUUGAGGUUAUUUUUGCUGAGUUAUUCCACAUGCCGACACCAAGGUAUCUAGACAUUGUGUAUGGGUCGAUUCUGAUUGAGCUCUGCAAACUCCAGCCGGCCACUUUGCCCCAGGUACUAGCACAGGCAACAGAAAUUUUAUUUAUGCGAAUAGACUCGAUGAACACGUCGUGCUUUGAUCGUUUUGUCAAUUGGUUUUCCUACCAUUUGAGUAACUUCAAGUUUACUUGGUCUUGGGAUGAAUGGGAUAGUUGUUUGUUGUUGGAUGCCGAACAUCCCAGACCAAAAUUCAUACAAGAAGUCUUGCAAAAAUGUCUUAGGUUGUCAUAUCAUCAGAGGAUUACAGAAAUGAUGCCAGAAGCUUAUGCACAGCUGAUACCCAUCGCCCCUCAACCCAACUACAAGUACGCUUCAGAAGGAGCUGCUGCACUACCAGGUACGACUACUGCUCAUCAACUUGUCGUUGCUAUACGACAAAAAUGCACGCCUGAGGAGGUAAUCAAUGUACUGAAAGAACUUCCGAAUUCCGGCGAAAAUGGUGACAACGAAAUGUCCGAGAGCUCCUUCAACCCGCUUAAAAUUGACGUCUUUGUUCAAACUCUAUUGAAUUUGGGAUCAAAAUCAUUUUCACAUAGUUUCGCAGCAAUAUCCAAGUUUCAUUUGGUAUUUAAGGCCCUUGCUGAAUCUGAAGAAGCUCAGAUAUGUAUUCUGCAUAAUGUAUUUGAACUAUGGAAGAAUCACCAACAAAUGAUGGUUGUCAUAAUCGAUAAAUUACUAAAGACCCAGGUUGUUGAAUGCUCAGCAGUAGCCACUUGGAUUUUCUCUAAAGAAAUGACUUCUGAAUUCACUAAGAUGUAUUUAUGGGAAAUUCUUCACCUUACCAUAAAAAAGAUGAACAAACACGUCAUAAAGUUAAGUUCAGAAUUGGGGGAAGCUAAGGAGAAACUAGCUAAAGCAGAUUCGUCAUCAAGCGAAUCGGAAGAAGAGGGUGGAGCUCAAAAACGCAAAAAACCUCAACAAAAUGCAGAUAAGCCAACGGAAGAUAUGGUUGAACGCAUGGAGGAAAAGCUAGAAGCAGCCAAUGUUGACCAAAAGCGCUUGUUUCUGAUUGUUUUUCAACGAUUUAUUAUGAUCCUCUCAGAACACUUGGUUAGAUCUGAUACAGACGGGCGUGAUCCAGAUACGGAUUGGUAUCGAUGGACAGUUGGACGACUGCAGCAAGUGUUUUUGAUGCACCACGAGCAAGUCCAAAAGUAUAGCAGCACUUUGGAAACACUGCUUUUUACAUCUGACCUAGACACGCAUAUUUUAGACGUUUUCCAUCAAUUUACAGCACUUCGAGCAUAGAUUAUAAGUUACAUUUUAAUCCUUUAUGUUAUCGUCUUUUGAAAUAAUCGUUUUGAAAUGGAUAAAAUUGUGAAUAUAUGGAAUAUGCUUUUGAGAGAGAGUGAAAAUCCACUAGAACGACAAUUUACUGCAGGAAGAAUAUCGGUAAAAAAAAUUGAAAAUCAUUGGCUAUUGUGUUGCUAAGACUUUCUCGUAUCUAUUUAAUUAACAUCAAUAAAAACAACCUUUCAUAAAGCUACAUAAAUAA